UAUCACACAUAUAUUAUCCAGUCUGUGGAAGAUGUUUAAGGUUGUGAACAAUGCCGUUGGUUCAUCUAGUGAAACAGAUGAUGCACAGGACACACUGACAUGUAUCCAGAGACUGAUAGCUUUGUCCGGAUGUUCAUGGGACUAUCAGCAACCAAACUCAGAAAAAUGCUGCAACGGCACGACGGUAGCUUCCCGGAUAUAUUCAGUUAUGGUGUGCGUAUUUUACAUGUUCCACUGUAUCUAUAUGAUUACGUGGUAUAUCGACUCUAAAUCUUUCAUCGACGCAAGUCUUACCAUCGUUAACCACAUUGUGGGUUUUUUAAGUUUAACCUAUUGGAUUCUCAGUACCAACAUCCACAGCAAGGUUCGCAUAUUCUACAAACGUCUUUGCGAAGCACAAUUGAAGUUUGAAAGUUGUGUUUCAGCAACAAGACUGAGGCAGAGGGUGAAGAAGACAUGUGUAUGCAUUACGUUCUCCGCAGCAUCUAUUGGUGUGGCCACCGGAUUAUUUAUGAACAUGCUAGGUGAUACAUCCACUUAUUUCUUUUGGCCUUUACUAGUUUUGUCUUCGAUAACAAGUGGUUGUAUCACCCUGCUAAACCAUUCGUUAUUGCUUCUAUUCUUGUGCAUCUCCCUUCUACUUACUUAUGAGUAUGAUAACUGCACAAUGAGACUGACAAGGGUUUCUGAAGGGUCCGUGAAAGAAGAGGAGAUUGAGGACAUUCGAGGCUACCAUGCAUCCUUAACAGACCUGGUGGAACAUGUGUGUUCCCUCAUGUCCAGAUACGUCGCUGCUGGCUACGUCAGCUCCUUCCUUGCUGUAUGCUUCUGUCUGUACAACAUCAUCAACGAUGAUAAGUCUCUUACGACCCUUUCUGUCACCUCAUUUGCUGUGUCCUCGUCCAUUAUGCAUCUCGUCGCCCUCACCUAUACCGGUGUCAGACUGCAUGAAGCGGCGCAUCAACCUCUGAAUAUUCUGCAUGAAUUGGCUGGGAGAAAUAUGCCAGAUAGAGUAAUUGGACUGGUCACUCUGUUCACGAACAAGUUGGCUCAACGUCAGAUCGGAAUCAGUGCUUUAGGCCUCAUGACCAUCACGAAGGAUACUAUCCUGACGGUAUUUUGA